GAGGGUCAGGUGAAGGAAGCCUUCUGGGGAGCCUCGAACUACCGUCUGAGCUACGACUCGAGACGACGUCUGCGUACAGCUGAAAUCGGCAGCACACUCAACACACUCGUCUUCGACUACCAAAGUGCCACUUUGCCCCACCUGUUGACAGAAAUUUCAGUUAGCGGAGUGGGCACUUACCGUUUGGUGUACAAACACGAUCCCCUUACUGGUGAAAAUGGUCUUUCCCACAUAAUUACACCAUUGGGAGUGUAUCGAACCUUCUCCCUCUUCACCAGUCUCGGUGUGGAGCGUCUCACCCUCUUUCCGUGGUCUCUGGAGGCUGGUUCUGUCAAUACUGCCGCCUUCACUUUUGACUGGGAGACUCGUAUUUCACCUUCGGUUGCCUUUCAUGGCUACCCUUUAGCACGGUUUACGUGGCCUUCAGGUCGACGUGUCAAUCGAUUGUGGUCAAAACGUCUCAUUGUCUACGACAAUGUUCAAAUUCAUUGGAAUUGUGAUGAUUUAAUGGACUCCACUUUUGUUAGUCUUCAAGAUGCUAUCAAUGAAUUUGAAAUUGAUGAAACACGUCAAUUUGGAGCUGGAACUUUGGUGACUCAUGUUAGAGGAGAUUUGCGUCUUGCUGGUACUCGAAGACUUGAAUCACCUCGUGGAACCCUUUUGACAUACAAUUAUGAAUACGAGUAUGAUCACAGUUUUAUGGUGUCAGGAAUUCGGACUUGCCUCUUCCAAUCGGCUACAGCCUCACCUCUUUGGUGUCAUCGAUGUCAUGUCACCUUCAACAAUUGGGCUGGCUAUUCUAUCAAUCCAUUGGGUGCGUCAAAACGUCAGGAGGUGUUAAUCAAUGUCACCUUUGAGUACCGAGGUGAUGGUUUUCUACCAUCAGACAUGAGUUUGGAGACAAUGGAGGAUGUGCCAAUGCGAACGCACUACAGACGCGGUCCUGGCGGUCGUAUUGAAGGCAUAGACUGUGAAGUGAUUGGCUCCAGUCGUCGACGUCAUGUUCAAGUGGUAUACAAUGAGGAGUCACGAAUCUCCGAUCUUCGUCACUACAUUUCGGAUUCACAGUUUGCCAAGGCGGGAAGUGGUGAAAGUAAACGCAUUUCUACCAAAUUUGUCUACGAACGUGGUCUCCUUUCGGGAUUUGGUAAUUGGAAGUAUGUUUUUGAUGAAGACGGUUGCCUUGUUGAGCGUCGAUUACGUGACACUGGCAGCAUUGAAGAUCUCUUCGAAUAUGACAGCAAAGGUCUGCUUCGAUGGGUGGAGCGACGAAUUAUGCCUUCACUGAUGGAUGAGGCUCAACGCAAACAACAUCAACAAUCCAUUUCCGAGGACCUUCUUUGCACUGGUCUUGAGAAUGUUUGCUACCAUCAGGAGGUGGGUCUUAUGAUGGACUAUGCUGUUCAAUUUCUCUACGACAGUGAAGAUCGCUUAGUAGUGGCACGAAAUACACUGGCAAUUGACGAUAUGAUUCAAUUCUUCUACGCUCAUCCACAACAUCGCAAUCGCUUAACAUCAUUCUUUCAUCAUGGCAAAGGCAAAGCGUACUUUCUGACCUAUGAACAACAAAGCGGUCACCUAUUUGCCAUUGAAGAGGUGGAUCUAUCGGCUGUGGAAGAUUCAAAUCCUGAACGGAGGCUGUACAUUGUCAUCACCGAUACAGAAGGCUCCCCCAUUGCUCUCUACGCCGAUGAGAAGGUAAAUCUUUUUAACAUUCUACUUAAUUACCUUCUUAAAAGGUCAAUUCUGUGA